AUGCGACCACAACCAGCACACCUAUUGAAACCGUUUAUGGCCGGGUAUCCUAUAGACAGAGUGACUCACCCUCUCAGUUCUGUUGAUCGCAGCAUUCCUUUUGGGCAACUCACCCUUUUGCAAUCCUUCCACCACCACUUCCGGCAGCCACAAUUUCCGACCACUUCCGGCGAAGCUCCAGUCGGCAAGGGUUUCCUUUGGGUAGAGACACACACAUACUUCAACUUUCUACAAGAAAAGAGUUGGAUUGAGGUUCAAGUGAGGUUUUUGAACCAAUUCAAGAGAAUCCUUUGUUAUCUUGAUUUGGUGGAAUUACCAAGCUUCAAGGUUUGUGAAUUGGCGUGGAGUGUACGUUGCUUGUUGGUGAGAAUUUCGAGUCCACUUCGAGGAAUUCCAUUAGAUGCAUGGUGUGUCCCGAGGAUGGACCCGGGGCUCACUUUAGGUGUUGGAUGAUUUGGGCACGUGCGUGGAUGAUGGUUAGGAGCUUUGUGAUGGUCCUAGGCCAGAGGAUUCCCGUAGCGGAAUUUUUCAAUAUACGUUGGCUAGUA